AUGGCAACAGGUGACUUAAAAAGAAGCUUACGGAACCUGGAACAAGUACUUCGCUCACUGAAUUAUCCUAAGGAAGUGAAUUGUGUAGGUUUGAUAAAAGGAGACCCAGCAGCAUCUUUGCCAAUCAUCAGCUAUUCUCUUACUUCAUAUUCACCUUAUAUAGCAGAACUUCUGAUAGACUCCAAUGUAGAGCUUAUAGCAAAGAAUGACUUGCGCUUUAUAGAUGCUGUUUAUAAGCUUCUUCGUGAUCAAUUUAAUUAUAAGCCAAUUUUGACAAAAAAGCAGUUUCUCCAGUGUGGGUUUGCAGAAUGGAAAAUACAAAUUAUUUGUGAUAUUUUGAAUUGUGUAAUGAAAAAGCACAAGGAAUUGAGUAGCCUUGAAAAGACUCCCUUACAACAAAGAAAGAAAACUACUUGUAGUAAGUCAGAGCCUUUGGGAAAUGAGAAAACAUCUACAGAAUCUGUUGGCCUUGAUGUUUCUUCAAGGUUUGUGACUUCUGGAAAGAAAAAAGCUGUAGUGAUUCGUCACUUGUAUAAUGAAAAUAGUGCUGUCAUUCCUGAAGAUACAUUAAAUACAGUAACAGAUAUUAAUGAAGCAUUUGAUGUACCUCACAUCAACACUACUGAAAUAAAUGCCCCUGAAGUCAAGUCAGAGCAACAAGAUAUGAAAUGUAAUCCUGAAAUUAUUGCACUACAGACUAUGAUUGCUGAAUGUCAAGAAAAACUCGAGAAACUUAGUUGCUUAGAGAGUAGGAUAGAAUAUUUAGAAGAAAAAAUGAAAGGCAAAGUGAUGAUAAAUGAAAAGAUCUGGACUAAUCUUCUAAGUCGUAUUACUCUUCUUGAAACAGAAAUGCUUUUGUCGAAAAAGACUGAUGAAUAUGAACAGUUUAAUGAAAUGAAUGAAGACCCUAUUUCUGGUAGGCACGUGGAUCAUCUGAAUCCUGACUUAAGAGAAAACAAGUUUGUCAUCAACCUGUAA